AUGCCUGGCACAAACUUGAUUGUCCCUGUCGUUUUGUGGGGUAAACAUGCACCCUCACACUGCGUGUCAUCUGUAUACUUAUCAAGGGAUCAGAAAACUCUGGUUACUGGGUGCUACGAUGGCCAAAUUUGUAUUUGGCAAGUGAAUCCUGAUACAUUAAAAAUGACGCCUCGCUGUCUUCUUGUGGGCCACACAGCUCCUGUUACCUGCUUGUCUAGGGCUUCUAUUAUACAGGACAACAACUAUAUAGUGAGCUCUUCGGAAGCUGGUGAAAUGUGUACUUGGGAUCUUGUGGAUGGCAAGUGCCGGGAGAGUGUGAAGUUGACACAGGUUCACACAAACAUACAGGCCUAUCACAUGUGCAACAGCGAAGAUCUGCGUUUAUUUUGUAAUGGAUACUAUGCCGAGAUCCUUAUCAUGGACCCAUUUUCUCUCGAAAUUUUAUUCUGCUUGAGUUCCAAGAUGAAUCCCGACUGGAUAUCUGCUUUGCAUGUUUUGCGGCCUUCUUCAAGAAAAGAUGACGUCGUGCUAGCCAUUUCAAUCACUGGCACUGUGAAAGUGUGGUCACUCCUCGGACACGAGAACAAGCAGUCGGAACCUAUCUACGAAAACGAGUCGAAGCAAAUCCGCUGUCUGAACGCCUUAUCCCUCAACUGCUGCGCGUAUAACCAGCGCACAGUGUUGGUAGUUUGCGCCAAGUAUUGCCAGAUUUACGAUGCAGGAGAUUUUUCAGUCCUUUGCUCCAUUCAAGCGCCUUCAGGAGAGCGUUGGAUGUCUGGAGACUUUUUAGCCACGGACAGAGUACUUGUGUGGUCUACAGAGGGGAAGGGAUACUUGUAUAAACUGCCGGCUAACUCCGUGCCAGAUCAUAAAGGGUUCCAUGGUCCCACAGUGGAACACGACAGCCCAGUCCUCUUUGGUAUUUUGGCCCAUCCCGACAACAAGCUGCUGUCAUGUCCGCCGGCGAUGCGAUUCGUGACGACAUCUGUGGGCGGCAAACAGCGACGUCUGCUGCUACGAGGCGACUCGCACGGAGUUGUGUCUGUUUGGAGCGUGGACGACGCGGCCACGCCAGUGCCCAACCAACUGCCUUCACAUGCGCCAAUUGUUAUGACGAGCUUGGAUAUGGCGUGGGCUGAAAUGAACCCUAGCCCCGUGGGCAUUUUGGACCAGCUAAGUCAUACAGACGAACAAGAAAUAAAGCUCACUGCCUCCAUAUAUCUCCUCGCUGCCAACCGGCUCGUGGUCGGACGUGAAGACGGCUCCAUUGUAAUUGUAAACGCAACACAUACAGUACAGUUACAACUACUGCACGGAGGACAUCAACAAUUAGAUGAUUGGCCGCCUCAUCAAUUACUUUUAGGCCAUAAUGGCAGAGUGAAUUGCUUGCUGUAUCCGCAUCAUGUUCAUCCGAGAUACGAUCGAUCGCACCUGGUGUCCGGCGGGAUAGACUUUGCGGUGUGCCUGUGGGACUUGUUCAGCGGAGCAUUACUGCAUCGCUUCUGUGUACACGCCGGCGAGAUCACGCAGCUGAUAGUGCCGCCACAUAACUGCAGUACGCGGAUACAAAAGUGCAUCUGCUCUGUGGCUUCCGAUCACAGCGUCACAUUGCUAAGCUUAACGGAGCGCAAGUGUGUGACACUGGCGUCUCGGCAUUUGUUCCCUGUGGUAAGCAUCAAAUGGCGGCCAGCUGACGACUUUAUGGUGGUGGGCUGCAGUGACGGCACCGUCUACGUCUGGCAGAUGGAGACCGGACAUCUCGAUAGGGUUUUACAUGGUAUGAUCGCCGAGGAAGUGUUGUCAGCGUGCGACGAGACGGUGGCAGACGAGCUGGGCGGCGCUCUGGCGGCCGGCGCCGGUGACCUGCAGGGCCUCGCCAACCCCGCCGUCCACUUCUUCAGGGGGCUGCGGCACCGCAAUCUGACGGCGAUGCGCGCGGCGACGGCGCGCGGGCUGGCGGCCCUGGCGGGCGCGGGCGGCGCGGCCGGCGCGGGCCCGCUCGCCGAGCCGCCGCGAGCGCGCCGCGCGCCGCUCACCGUGCAGGGCUUCCGCUCCAACCCCACCGAUCCCGAAAGUCACAUACUUUUCUUUGACAUCGAGGGUCUGAUCGUGGAACUGCUGAGCGAGGAGUACUCUGCGAUGAGCCCAGCCAGUCUAGAGGCUGCCGGGCUGAUAACCAGCGAAUAUAUGAAAGUGGCAGCGCUAACCCAAUCAGCCAGUCCGGAUGCAGCGAAACGUAUAUCCGAUUUCUUCGGACGUGUGAAAGAUAAAGCCGGUGAUAUGGAGCGAAUCUUGAAAGAAAAGGACAAGCACGGAAUCCUUGCCAAGAUGAAGGAGGGCGCGGAGACAAUGCAGACAAAGCUGCAGGCCAAGGCCGAGCAGCUGAAGGGCAACGUAGAACACAAAGGUAAGUGUUUGGUAUAA